CCAGGUAAGCCGCUCAUCGGCUGCCCAUCACCCAGGAGUUGUCUUUUACCUGAGCGUCGACAAGUUGUACCCUGUGUGGAGACUGAGGAAAAUGCAAGGAAGAGCGUAGAUGUCCUGAGCCACAACCUUGCAUCUGAGGUAGCCCUUGAUGUCACAGGGAUUAAAGAAAGGAAUACAAAUAGCCAAGAUCAUAACUUUCAGCUAAGUUAUCAGAUUGAGCAGCUAGAGAAGACAAAUCAUACUUUGGAGAGGCAAAUCCAUGGCUUGUUGCAAAGUAAAGAAGAUGUAUCCUGCCAAGUAAAGAAGUUGACUAACAAGAACCAGGAGCUCUCCAAGGAACUUAAUGACAUAGAUCGAUUAGCAGAGAAACUUGAAAAGGAUAAAGAAUUAGUACUCGCUGUUGCAUGUAAUGAAAUAAAAAUAGCUAAGAUUGAAAUUGAAAAGCAGGAGAGGGACAUUGUUGUGUUGGAGCAAGCCAUCGUAAGACUCAGAUCAGAUACAGCAAAAUCGAAGCAGCAACUUGAGGAAAUUAGAGCAGAAAUACAGGCGAAGACUGAAGGGAGCAAUGGGGCGUUAAUUCACUUUGAGAGGUGCCAACGAAAUAAAUCUGAGAAGCUCCUUGAUCCAGGUCUUGAAUUGGUUCCAGAAUCAGAAAACAGAGAACCUCAAAUUCGCUCGUAUGAGCAAAAUAAAUCUCCGUUUCUUUUAGAUACAUUUGUGAAGAAUAUAGUACAAGAAAGAGAUUUCUAUAAAUCUGAGGUAGAUUACUUAUUAAAGAUGUUGAGAAACAAACCUUCAGGCCAAUGCAAUUCAUCCAGAGGACGUAGUCCACUACGCUCAUCUCCUGUGAAGGGAGGAAGCUAUGAGUCUGAACUCAUAUGCGUUAUCAAAGAGCGUGAUGAUCUUCAAGCCAUGUUGAGUAAAUAUGAAAGGCACAUGGCAGAAAUUCAGGCAAAUGUCAAAGUUUUAACAGCAGAAAGAGAUCAAAGCAAACUCCUGUAUGAGCAGGCCCAGGAAGAGCUUACUAGACUACGCAGGGAUGCUGCCAAGUCCCCAAGAUCUCAGAAAAACGUCCUGACAGCGCAAGAUAUACUGCGACGUUUAGAAUGUGAGCGCGAUGAAGCUGUUGCAGACUUGCGGAGAAUGACUACGGAGCGAGACAGUCUUCGGGAACGAUUAAAGAUUUCCCAGGAGACUGCAAUUAAUGAGAGAUCACAUCUGGAGCAAAGAAUAGAAGACCUGAAGGGUUCCAUGCACACAUUGGAAAAUGAAAGAUUGGAACAUCGAUCAAGGUUGACUUGUCUAAAAGAUAGUGUAACCUCUCUGGAGGAAGAAGUCAAAAUAUUGGCAAGAAAGUCAUCUGACACUGAAGAUGAACUGUGCAGACAGAGAGCAGAAAAUAACCAGAUCAGAAUGUUAAUGGACCAGGCAGAAGAUAGUCUUGCUGAAACCCAGCGACGUCUCUCAUUAAAAACUACUGAUCUACAACUUGCACAGGAUAAAAAUGUUCGCCAGAAUGAAAAGAUUGAUGAUCUAACCAGACAGAUUUCUUCACUUCAAGAAGAAAUUAGCUCAAUUCGAUCAAGUGCCUAUGAACUUGAUAAACAAAAGAAUAGUUUACAAGAGCUUAUGGAUGAAAAGACUGAGACAAUUGCAUCCCUGGAGGAAACUCUUCACCAGAAAAAAAAGAACAUCGCAGAUAAUCAAUUAAACAUAAAUGAAUUGGAGACAACUGUUGAUCAAUUGAAUGAGACUAUCAACAAUAAAGAAAAUGACAUUUCCAAUCUUCAGCAUCAGUAUGAUUCCAUGAAUUCUGAACUAUCAGAAGUAAGCCAAUUAAGAGAAACAGCAGUUCGUGAAAAUAACCACCUGCAUGAGCAGCUGUCAAAACUAAAAUACGAGAAUCAGUCAGUGAACCGUAAACUGGAAGAAUGUAUUCAAGAGAAUAAAGACUUGAAGAUCAAAGUCCAGGAUUACAUCUCUGAGAUAUCCAAGGUGGAAAAUAUACUUAGUGGCAAGGAAAAUGAGAAUUUUAAUCUGAUGGAGCAGUGUCGUAGAACUAGUGCACAAACAGAGACCUGGGAAUUGAAAGCUCGCCAAAUAGAGGGCGAAUUCAAUUCAGUUCAGCUGGAGCUUGUUACUGCGAAAGCAGAGAACCGCAGGAUGUGUGAAAAAGUUAACUCAUUUGAAAAAGAAAUUGAAGAGCAAGAGGCUGCUAGGAAUGCAUAUAAAGCCCAGGUCUGCUCACUUAAUAAGUUGAUAAUGAAGCUGGAAGAUGAACUUCGGCAGGUCCAAAGUGAAAAGAGCACAGCCCUCACUGACCUCACAUCUACUCAAGAACUAUGUUUGAAGUUGGAUUCUAACAAAGAGAUGAUGAUGAGGCAGGUGGCCAACAAAAACAAGGAGAUGGAGCAAGUUCUAAAUGAGCUGGAAUCAGCCCGUUCUGAAAUAGAGCUCCUAAGAAAUCAGCUUUCAAGUGAGAGAACUUCAAUAAAAAAUCUGGAAUCUUUGUUGGCAUCGAAUCGGGAGAAAAAGUUCCAAAGCCAAAUGGUCACUCAAGAGAAAGAGACUGAAAUUCAGCUCUUUAAAGAUAAGCUUUCCUUAGCUGACAGCAAACUGGCAUCUCAAUCCCGUGAAAUUUCUCAGCUGAGGAGCAAGGCAGCAAUGCUUGAAACAGAGUUAGAUAUGGCGAAGCGCCAGUUAGGUACUGAGCGAUUUGAAAGAGAAUGUGCUGUACAAGAGCUUCGCCGCCACGGCCCCUCUUACCGUACUACGUCACCACCUCAACCUUCCUUAAGUCCAGUUUCACAUUCACCGGAACGGGCUAGCCGUCGCUCUCCUGAUUGUUCCCUAAACAGAUCACUGAACAGGGCAUCAUCUUUGAAGGAGUUUUGAUUUUGUGAAUGUUUAUCUCCACAAUCAUUUGGAAAAGGAGUUUGAAUCUUUGAAACUUUCAAGAGGA